GGCGGCGGCAGAGGAGAGAUCGGGAGGAGGGACGCGAGGCAGGAAGAGGGCAGCCGAAGGCCGGGCUAGGUGGCUGGAGCGGGCACCGGCUGCGCUGCGCGGCUCUCGGUUCCGACGGCCUCUCUCAUGCGCUGAGGGCGCCCGGCUGGGCCGGACCGGCGGCCGGAGGGGAGGCUCCUCUCCAUGGUCCAGAAGACCAGCAUGUCCCGGAGCCCUUACCCACCCUCCCAGGAGAUCCCCAUGGAGGUGUUCGACCCCAGCCCGCAGGGCAAAUACAGCAAGAGGAAAGGGCGGUUCAAAAGGUCGGAUGGGAGCACGUCCUCGGAUACCACGUCCAACAGUUUUGUCCGCCAGGGCUCGGCGGAGUCCUACACCAGCCGACCCUCGGACUCUGACGUGUCUCUGGAGGAGGACCGGGAAGCCCUAAGGAAGGAGGCAGAGCGCCAGGCAUUAGCCCAGCUUGAGAAAGCCAAGACCAAGCCGGUGGCGUUUGCUGUGCGGACAAAUGUCGGCUACAACCCAUCUCCUGGGGAUGAGGUGCCAGUGCAGGGAGUGGCCAUCACCUUCGAACCCAAGGACUUCCUGCACAUCAAAGAGAAAUAUAAUAACGACUGGUGGAUCGGACGACUGGUGAAGGAGGGCUGUGAGGUUGGCUUCAUCCCCAGCCCCGUCAAGCUGGACAGCCUGCGCCUCCUGCAGGAACAGAAGCUGCGCCAGAACCGCCUCAGCUCCAGCAAAUCAGGUGACAACUCCAGUUCCAGCCUAGGAGACGUGGUGACUGGCACCCGCCGCCCCACGCCCCCUGCCAGUGGUAAUGAGAUGACUAACUUAGCCUUUGAACUAGACCCCCUAGAGCUAGAGGACGAGGAGGCAGAGCUUGGGGAGCAGAGCGGCUCUGCCAAGACUAGUGUUAGCAGUGUCACCACCCCGCCACCCCAUGGCAAACGCAUCCCCUUCUUCAAGAAGACAGAGCAUGUGCCCCCCUAUGACGUGGUACCUUCCAUGAGACCCAUCGUCCUGGUGGGACCGUCGCUCAAGGGCUACGAGGUUACAGACAUGAUGCAGAAAGCUUUAUUUGACUUCUUGAAGCAUCGAUUUGAUGGCAGGAUCUCCAUCACUCGUGUGACAGCGGACAUUUCGCUGGCUAAGCGCUCGGUCCUCAACAACCCCAGCAAACACAUCAUCAUUGAGCGCUCCAACACACGCUCCAGCCUGGCUGAGGUUCAGAGCGAGAUCGAGCGAAUCUUCGAGCUGGCCCGGACCCUUCAGUUGGUCGCUUUGGAUGCUGACACCAUCAACCACCCAGCCCAGCUCUCCAAGACCUCACUGGCCCCCAUCAUUGUUUACAUCAAGAUCACCUCUCCAAAGGUACUUCAGAGGCUCAUCAAGUCCCGAGGGAAGUCUCAAUCCAAACACCUCAAUGUCCAAAUAGCGGCCUCAGAGAAGCUGGCACAGUGCCCCCCCGAAAUGUUUGACAUCAUCCUGGACGAGAACCAAUUGGAGGAUGCCUGCGAGCACUUGGCCGAAUAUUUGGAAGCCUAUUGGAAGGCCACACACCCGCCCAGCAGCACUCCGCCCAAUCCGCUGCUGAACCGUACCAUGGCUACUGCAGCUCUGGCCGCCAGCCCUGCCCCUGUCUCCAACCUCCAGGGACCCUACCUUCCUUCCGGGGACCAGUCGCUGGAGCGGGCCACCGGGGAGCACGCCAGCGUGCACGAGUACCCCGGGGAGCUGGGCCAGCCCCCAGGCCUUUACCCCAGCAGCCACCCACCUGGCCGGGCAGGCACUCUGCGGGCACUGUCUCGCCAAGACACAUUUGAUGCCGACACUCCUGGCAACCGAAACUCUGCCUACACGGAGCUGGGAGACUCAUGUGUGGACAUGGAAACGGACCCUUCAGAGGGGCCAGGGCUCGGAGACCCUGCAGGGGGCAGCACCCCACCGGCCCGGCAGGGAUCCUGGGAAGAUGAGGAAGAAGACUAUGAAGACGAGCUGACCGACAACCGGAACCGCGGCCGGAAUAAGGCCCGCUACUGCGCCGAGGGUGGGGGUCCCGUUUUGGGGCGCAACAAGAAUGAGCUGGAAGGCUGGGGGCGAGGUGUCUACAUCCGCUGAGAAACAGAGGCCACGCAGUGGGGGGUGGGGAAGGGCUCUGAGCCCUGGGAGGUAAGGGACGGAGGGGCUCACCACCGGGGGUGUAUCUUUCCUCCAGGGGGUGCUGUCUCCCUCUCAGAUGCCUUCACCGGAUGUCUGGGGUUUCUUUCGUGGUAGCAUCCUAGCUCCCGGGAGUCCCUUAAAGCCUGGCUGUAGGUUUUCACCUACCUGGUGUGGAUGGAUGGGGGGAUGCCCACGUUUCUGCAGUGUCCCCUUUCCCCCGCUUCAGGGGGCUCUCUCCCCUCACUCCCAGAGAAAAGGUGCACUUCCUUAACUCUUUCUACUUGGGGCUCUAUAUAGGGGUCCUAAAUGGGGUAGCCCUUUCUUUCCCCAACCUGGAGUAUUUGGGAAGAUUGAGGGGGCUUUUCCUGGAGAGGGAGAGCGUAGACUCCUUCCCAUGAGGGCUGUCUUCCCCAAACCCCAGAUCCAGGGUCCCUCCCCGUGCCCACUUCUCUCCCAGCUUCCUGGCACCAUUGUCUGGUGGGUGAAAGGUAGAGAAUGGAAGCCCCAUCGGGAGCUUGUCUUGGGGAGUGGUCUGGGUAGAGUGGCAGGCAUCAAAUGUCCUGGCCUCUGCCGGAGCCCGACCCGGAUCCCUGAAGAGCGGGCAGCCAGAGACCCUGUUACCCACCCCUCCACAUCCAUGCCUCGGCCUUUGCCCACCCCAGGAAUGAGCUUUGCCUACAACCUCCCUUGCCUACUGCCAUCAGAAGAGGGGGCCCCUCUGUGUCUGAGCCCCCCACCCCGUUUCAUCUGGGUAUGACACCCGUGGAACACUAGUCCGCCUCAUUUUGAAACCAAAAAACUGCUCCUUCACUAUCACCCGGAGGCCCCAGGGGAGAGGCCCUGCAGGUUGGUGCCCAAGAGGUGAUCACCACCCCAGGGGUCAUCUCGGGACCUCGGAUCUCCCCUGGGGGGCUUGGCUGCUGCUGCUGUUCUAUUUGCCUCUUGUGAUCUUGUCCUAUACCCAUGUCCACUCCCCCCAGGAGAGGCCUUGGUACCCCCCCAGCCCCCCGAGUGUUCCUCAGCCUAGCAUCCCUCCAGCCCAGCAGCCCUGCCCCUCGCCAGCACCCAGCUGGGCCAGAGAGAGCCGAUUGUGCCAACGAGGACUGGGCCCUGCCCGGCUGCCCGCCUCAGGGAUGGGCCCCUUAUGCCUGUCUCACCACCUCCUGUGCCAAUGUUGUCCCACCCCCCCACUGGGGGUGGGGUGCAGCUUCCACUCACUGGUUAGAAGACACCACUGCCCAACCUUCCUCCCUCUCUGUCUGGUGUCCUGUGCCCCCAUCUGUCUGUCUGUCUAUCUGUACUCCCCUAGAAGUAUUUGGCCACAUAUAAAACCGCCAUCAUGUCCUUUGCAGCUGC